GGCGGGAAGGGGCCGGGCCCGGCGGGUUUGAGGAUGUGGAGAGGAUGGAGCCAUCGCUGAGGGCGGUGGAGCGGGGCGGGGCAGAGCUGGAAGGGGCCGGGCCCGGCGGGGUUCCGGCUGUGGGGAGAAUGGAGCCGUCGCUGAGGGCGGCGGAGCGGGGCGGCCGCUUCCGCGCCAGCGAGCACCAGCACGUUCGGUACAACCCGCUGCGGGACGACUGGGUGCUGGUGUCGGCCCACCGAGUAAAGCGCCCUUGGCAGGGUCAGCUGGAGAAGCCGCCCCCUGAGGAUGUGCCCCGCUGGGACCCCAAGAACCCCCUCUGCCCCGGAGCCACCCGGGCCAACGGCGAGGUGAACCCCAACUACGAGGGUACUUUCGUCUUCCCAAAUGACUUCCCUGCACUGCAGCCUGAUGCUCCAGAGCCUGAUGACAGUGAUCACCCCUUGUUUCGAGCUGCCCCAGCCCGGGGUGUGUGCAAGGUGAUGUGUUUCCACCCCUGGUCGGACCUGACGCUGCCCCUCAUGUCCCUGCCAGAGAUCCGAGCUGUCAUCGAUGCGUGGGCAGAGCUGGCCACUGAGCUGGGAGCUUCCUACCCCUGGGUGCAGAUCUUCGAGAACAAGGGAGCGAUGAUGGGCUGCUCCAACCCGCACCCCCACUGCCAGGUGUGGGCCAGCAGCUUCCUCCCGAACGAGGCGUGCCUGGAGGACCGGACCCAGCGCCAGCACCUGAGCCAGCAUGGCGUUCCCAUGCUGCUGGAGUAUGCGGAGCAGGAGGCUGGCCGAAAGGAACGGCUGGUGGUGGAGAAUGCAGACUGGCUGGUCGUGGUGCCAUACUGGGCUACCUGGCCAUACCAGACCCUGCUGCUGCCCCGCCGCCAUGUCUGUCGCCUCCAGGACCUCAGUGACAGUGAGAAGGACAGCCUGGCCUCCAUCAUGCAGAGGCUGCUCAUCAAGUAUGACAACCUCUUCGAAGUCUCCUUCCCCUACUCCAUGGGCUGGCAUGGAGCCCCCACAGGCCCCUACCUGCAAGAGGACUGCAGGCACUGGCAGCUCCAUGCCCACUACUACCCCCCAUUGCUGCGCUCCGCCACCGUCCGCAAGUUCAUGGUGGGAUACGAGAUGCUGGCGCAGGCACAGAGGGACCUCACCCCAGAGCAGGCAGCUGAGCGCUUGAGGAGCCUCCCCGAGGUGCACUACAAGAAGAGGGCUGAGGAGGUGUGAUGAGGAGCAGCAGAGCAUCCUGUCCUCGGAUAGCCCACGAACUGCCGUCCCCUGGCCUCAGUGCUCCCCAGGUACUCCGGGGCUGUGGGGAGCAGCUGGUGGCUGACCCUUGAGCUUGGAGCCGUCAUCGUACACAGCAUCCCUGACCAGGGCAUCGGGGCUGCCCAGCUGGGACCCUGGCCUCUCGCAAAAGUGAUUUCUGCCGUCCUGGGACGAGCAGAGUCCGUUUGGUCUCCGCCGCCAUCCCGAUCGUGAGCUUUUUCCAUUGCAGCAAGGGCCUCCACUCCAACUUCCGCGCUUAUUCUCCAGGGCCCGGGGAAAGCGGCAACAAAUUGCCUUAAGUGUGGCAAUGCAGCUCGGGGUAAUUAGCCGCUGAACCGGUUGUAACGAAGCUAGUCAUCUCCCUGCUCGCGCAGUUAGCUCUGAUUUAAUGGCCCGGCGCUCCCAGCCCGGGCAGCCGCGCCUCGGCCCGCGGCCGUAAAUGGAACUCGCAGUUAAGUCAAGCGGUAUUAAACUUUACAGUCGCCGUCUUUAAAAACGGGACUCUCUCCAAUAAAUCAGGGCGAGUGGGAUUGUAAAUAUCGAGGCAGGAUCCAUAUUGCUUAAUUAAACAGCGCCUAAUGAACAGCCUGUUUGUUGUGCUGUGAUUU